AUAAAUGCUAUUGUCUGCUGCUACGCAUGGAGUGUACAUUUUUAUGUAGCUGUAGCUCUAGUGCAGACCUGUCACCUUGCUGCACACAAGCUAGUAGUCUACUGGAGAGCUGAGCAAAGUCCACAACACCAUGAGAUGUGUCAAGAUUGAAAGGCAUAUCACAAAUCAAUUCUCCUCAGCUAUUGACAAGUGUGAAUAUAAUAUUGACCCUCGAUCUGAGCUGGCUCCCCCAAGUAGAAGGUUGUCUGCAAGCUUGGCUAAAGCCAUUGCAAGCCCAGGGCCAUCUACAGUUACCCAGGUCCGGUCCACUCUCAAGAGGAAUCUCAUAUCUCCAAUUUCGGCGGCGUCAACUGUGACCAGGCCUAUCAACAUCCAAGUCGUCACUAGAGGUCAAAGUACAAGAUCACAGGCCACCCACGCUAUAAAGGUUGAGAUGACCACUAAGACGGCUCCUCGUGGUGACACUAAGGGAGGCAGACACCCGCACCCACCCACCGGGAACAACAAGAAACUAAAGCAUACCUGUCCCUUUGAUGGUUGUCCAUGGCGAUUUGCAACACCGUACAAGCUGAGACGGCACAUCAAAAGUCACACUAAGGAAACACCAUAUCUGUGCAAAGAGUGCGGCCGUGGAUUCAGCGUUCGCUACAACCUACUCAUGCAUAUCCAGACCAUCCAUGGUCAGCCUCAACGCUACAAGUGCCCGGUGAGGGGAUGCAAGGAAGCGUUCCACAGCCAACCAAGACUCAAUGGCCACCUUAAGAAGGUCCAUAAGAAGGACGUCAAGAGCAUAGAGAAAUUAACCCCCCGUUGUGACAGCAGAGGGAACAGUACGAGUAGCAUGGACUCUACUGGAGAAGAGGAGGCAACAAAGAAUACACGACAGAGGAGAAAAUACGGAUGUUCUGAGUGUGAAAUGGAGUUCACGUCUCAAGCCAAACUCAACGCUCACUUCCGAGUACACGCCAAGGAGAGGCCAUUCAAGUGCUCCACUCAUAGUUGCAACGAGUUGUUUGCUAGCAAAGAGAAGCUCUCGAAACAUUUGGAAACUCACAAAAAUGGCCGCCAAUUUACCUGUCCCCACGAAAACUGCAAUAGAGUAUUUUUACACCAAUCGCACCUGAAAAAUCACCUCAAGAUACACACAAAGGACCACCAAUUUGUCUGUCCAGUAAUAGAUUGCAACACUAAGUUCAGCAGUGAGCAAGAUUACAAUCAGCAUCUCAACACACACAUUGACUACAACUAUAAAUGCACUCACCCGGAUUGCGAGUUAAGCUUUAUGACAAAGAAGAGACUGGCCUUUCAUCAACAAGCUAUCCAUGGCGACGGCAACCUAACCAUUGAUGGUGCUCAGUCGUCUUUCCUUGAGGGCAUACAACCACACCUAGGUGUUACCCACCAAUCCUCCCACCUCUACGGCUCACCCGUCUACAGUCAUGCCGCACAGCAUGAUCAGCCAAUCAAAUCAGAGCCGAGUAGCUAUGUCAACACGGAUUUCAUCAAGGAAUUUCUCCCCGAUCGUUCCCAGAAGAACUUCGAGACCAUACUCAACCAAAACAAGGAUUGGUCUGAUGAACAAAUUGAUCAUUUUCUACACUCUGCCGUCGAUCUCAGUGAAAUUGAAUUGAAUCUUUGUUCAACUGGCUAUGAGUCCGACAGUGGAUACUCUACCUUUGAUGUGAGUCCGAUUGCCAGCCAUCCUCCAGUGACUUUGUCACACACCCCUCUGGAGUGCGUACCAGGCGCUCAUCUGCAGCAACAGCAACAUGCCCCAGGGCCUAUGUUCAAUCCAACCUGCUCCUUCUCUCCGGCCACCACAGCGUUCCAAGACCCGGCACACAGUGCAACGUCAAGCCCUUGCAGCACGGAGGCGGGAUUCUUCUCACCGCACACCGAUCUCGAGUCUAUGGCCACGGCACCCAAUCAAAUUUCCCAAUUCUUCGGAGGGGACCUAGCCACACAGGGGGUCCAAAUGUACCACCAACCUCAAGCUGCUGGAGGUAUGUUCGGAGGAGCGUACUUCAUGGAGGGCCAAAACGGUUAUCUCAAUUCGAGAAUUCCGGACAUUCUUGUACAAUCUGCUGAACACCAACGAAAAGGAAGUAACUUUUUGAGUUGCCGUAGAAACAGUGACAGUCAAGUAACCCAGGGAGAGAGCUCUAACAGUAUGCUGAGAGGACAGUUGGCUACUCGUAGUCUACCCAAUAUGGGACAAAUAGCACACUCAGUGAAACCUGAGUAUAAUGAAGUCAAUGGCCACCUUACAGAAGUGAAAGAAGAAAGAAGACAUUCUUGUUCUGUCUCGGCAGCCAGCUCAAACUUGAGUAAUGGCCGAGCUACAACGAUGAAAGCUUCAAAGAAGAGCAAAUCUAACCCCAAGCCGGCUAACCAAAGACGAAAGAAUCAAUGGCCACGCUCAAUGAACAAAGCAAACAUGAUGGCGUUCAGACAACACAUUCUGAACAAACUCAAGAAAGGCCAAGAAAGUGCGGCCGAUUCGUGUGCAGUCAAACAAGAAGCCACCUCCCCCAAAGCAAUGAAAGACCAAGAAUUCGCCGAACAAAUUUCAGAAACUGACAGCUAUGAAGUACAAGUCAAAUUGCAGAGAAACCAUUCGUCAGACAACAGGAGUCAGUCAGAACCAGUUGAUGGGUCCGAUUCACCCACACUCCUAGUGUUGCAUCAGAGCCAGAGCGAGGGCGACGUGAACAAGAACAAUACCACCCUCUCGUCAUGUGAUACGGACACUAGCCACCUCACUGAACUAUUCUCUGAUGAUAUCUUUAACUCGUUCAGUUUCAAUCCCGACUCUCUCCUCUCACGAGCCGAAGAAGAGCAAAUGCUCAAGACUUUGGGGUUUGACGAAAGCGAUGAUGAAAUCGCCACCUUUCUCGGUGUUGGAUGUGGCUCACUAAUGGCUGCUGGCUCAGUUUCAAACCAAGUGAUGGACCUCGACUGUAUUCAAGAGCUUCUCGACAACACUGAAGUCUCCUCCCCCCUCUCCCUCCCCCCACUGGUCGAAACAUCUCUCGAAUCAUCAGUCUUUGAGUCCCCAUCACCUUUAAACUCUAACCCAAUCAGCCAGGGCUCUCAACUACUUGUUAGUUCAGCUAGUAACUCGUUGUCGAUUGACUUUUAUACGUCAACAGCACCUCAGUACACCAUGGAGGGUAACCUAGUCAACACCACGACUGUGUAUCAACCUACUUUGUUUGGGGAUUUCGGAAAUUGUGCCCCUGAAGUAUUUGAUAUUUGAAAUAAUUAUAUCGAAAUGGACGACAAUGAAAUGAAACGAACAAUAACCAAUCAGACUAUCCUAGAAAUAUUAGGUGAAUUAUUUUCUAAAUUAGGUUCUCAUUUUAUGAAUUUUGUUUUACUGUUCCUGAAUUUCAACAUUGUAUACAAUUUUACUGAUCUAUUAUUAUUUUCUUCCCCUUGAUAUAAUCACUAUACUUUUUAUAAUUUUAGGUCAUAUUUUUCCCUUCCAUCUCAUUAUCUUUGUUGGGUUUUGUGAUUGAAGAUUUCCUGUUUCUAA